GAGCCGGUGAGUCCUCCUGCAGAGUAGAAGCCGCGAGGCAGCGGUUAUAAUUAGCCGCGAACGUGCGCGCAAGGUAACAGCAGUCGUAGCUAUAUUCACGGCUGUAAGAACUGCGAGCUUUGCGCAUACUGCCAGGAUCGGGCCUAUAGCUGCCGCAUAGAUCGGCACGCGUCAAUAAAGACAACAUAAACACUAUGAGCGUCUCUGUGGACGACACCGGCAAACAACUGCCAGAGAACGACGCCGAGACCCGUGCGACCGACGCCGUCCGCGAACUCAAACGAGGCGCGAGCUGCAAAGACGUCCUCGCGACGCUCUGGCCGUCCGACGCCGUCGACGAGGCGUCGCUCGAGGCCUUCGCACGGAUUUUGAGAAACGACGCGAUCCUCUCCCGCUGCCCGCCGAAGCCGUCCUACCUGCGCCAGGUCCUCGCCAAGGCCGUGAGCCAGGCGACGGACGCGGGCUAUUCCGACGACGCGCUGUGCGAGGAGCUCGCGCAGGCCGUGGUCCGCGACGACGACACCGAAGACGCCGCGAGCCACGUCGCAUUAGGAAAAGUGGUCAUGCGGACGGUCGACCGCGCGAACGAGGUGGGAUUGAGAUUGUGGCCGGCGGCCGAGGUGUUGGUUGAAUGGGCUCUUGACACACUAAAACCUUCACGCGUCCUCGAGCUCGGCGCGGGCCUGGGACUCGUCGGCCUGGCGCUCGCGCGGCGGCCGGGCUUCCGCGUGACGCUGUCCGACGGCGACGCGCGCGUUUGCGCGAAUCUGCGCUACAACGCCGCGCUCAACGACCUCGACGAGGACGUCGUGAGGCAGUUCCGCUGGGAGGAGGAUUUCGGGGAGCUCUGGGCCGCGGCGGGGCCCUUUGAUGUGGUUCUGGCGGCGGAUUGCGUGUACGACCCGGCUUUGGCGCCGCCGUUCGCGGCGGUCGUCGACGAGGCUUUGAAAAGGGGCGCCGACGUCGUCCUGGCGAACGCGGUGCGCAACCCGGAGACUUGGCGAAUUGUUGUUGAGGCGCUGGCGGCGCGGGAUUUGAUUUUUGAGGACCUCGCGUGCGUUCAGGUGCCGCGCCUCGUGCCGGCGCGCGCCUGGGCGGGCCACGCCGCGGCGCUCGCGGCGGGGGCGCUCCGGCUCGGGCGCGUGGUCCGAAGGGUGUAA